AUGUCUUCCGGCAUUACCCCAACUGAUGAGUGCGUCUCUCUCUUCAAUGACAUGAAGUUGAAGCACGACAGGAAAUGGAUCAUCUUCAAGAUCGAUGACAAGCAGAUUGUGAAGGAGAGGGAGGGAGACAAGGAUGCAACCUACGAGAGCUUCAUGGCAGCCCUCAAGGAAGUUGCUGAGAAUGAGCCACGCUAUGCAGUUGUCGAUUACCACUACAAGACCGAGGAUGGCCGCCCUCAGGACAAGCUGCUCUUCAUUGCGUGGUCUCCAGACACUUGCGGAGUGAAACCAAAGAUGACCUACGCGUCAAGCAAGGAUGCCCUGCUCAAGAAGUUGAACGGCGUUCACAAGGCUUUGCAGAUCACCGAAUCUUCCGAUCUGGAUCCCAAGGAAAUCGAGAGCCAGCUGAAGUGA